GUUACGGCGGAGUGUCAGGGGUGCGAUUCCUUGCCCACUCAGAGCAGCUUCAUUACCAACCUCAUCCUUGUGGCGCAAUGAAUGCAUCCAUAUAACCCCUUCUUCAUUACUUGAUCGUUUUCAAGAACACCACCACGACUGGAGGAGAAGGGGGCGUUUAGCUACACGACUUGCGUCUUCUUUCAAUGCCUCCUUCCUCCAUUCACUUGCGUGCCUUCGAGCUGCGCGCAGGUCCCAAGACGGCGCGGCUGGUGACGGUCAGUCUUGACAGGUCCAUAUCAGAGGUGUACACCCACCUGUGCAGGGUGCUGAAGCUGGACGCCCCGCUGAGUCAGGUGACCUUUCACAAGACAUACAACAAGAAGAUUGUCACGACCCCCCUGUCGAUCACCGCGCCCAUCGGCUCUCUUGGAUUGGCAGAUGACGAUAUAUUUAUUCUCCGCCACGGCCCCCGCUCGCGAUCAGCCGGGAGAGAAAUCGGUGGCAACGCGCAGAGCGACGCGGGAUCAGUGAAAGUGCUGACUGCGUCACAGCGUCGUCGGCAGCAACUUCGAAGCGCGGCAGCGCUACCGAUACUUCCAGGGACUGAGGGGGGGCCCCUUCACGUAACACAGGCGAGUUCAUCAGCGGUGGAUACUGAAAAGAAGGAAGAGAUUACUGGCGCGCCCAUCACGGCAGACAUGGAAGAGAUGAUGAACGUCCAUCAAAAUAACGUUUGCAUGGUAGCGGAUAGGCAGCGCAUGGAAAACUACCAGCAGCAGUUUGCCCAGUACAGCUGCGUAACGCAGGUCUUUGUCAUGAAGCUGUUUCAGCUGCUAGCGGUGCUCUCCUGCUCGUGCCCAACCGCGCCAGUCCCCGCACCGCAGCUCGGGCCAACGCGCUCCACUGUGUCGGUCGCAGUUCUGCAUCGCGAACUCCUCACCGACUUUUGCCGCCGUGCCCGCGUGCCUCUCAGCCGAGUAGAGAGUCUCCUCGACAGCGGCGCGCGCAACAUCGACGCCGUGUACGAGGCCCUUUACUACUACGCAGAUGUGACCGUUCAGAGCAGCGUGAUAGCGGCAAAGGUGGAGGAGUGGCUAAAGGAGAAUCUACCGCCGCUGCAACCCGCUGCCCAGAUGAUCUGCAUGCUGCAUGAAGGACAAGAAGCGGCCUAUUUAGAGCUGGCACUGCUGCGGCUUCGCGGGCAAGUACCAACGGCAAUGACGUGGCUGUGUUUGAAGGACGCCGCUGCACCGGAGAAGCGGUGCUGCUACUAUUCUGCUGUUGUGCGGUUUAGUCAGUUCGCUGCACCGAUGCACGUAAACGCGGCGGAAAUAGCGAUGGUGGAGAGUGGGUGGCUGGACAGCUGCUGUGUUGCAUGGGGGCUCAACAACUGCCCUUACAACGGCCAUUUGCUUCCCUUGUCGUGCUGGAUGUGGAGUCGUUUGGUGGCGGCGGUUAUGACGUGCCGCGACGGCGCCGCUGUUCGGUUGACUGAGUUGCUGAACAUGUACAGCGAGUGGGAAGCUUCACUGGCGUGGGUAGUUUGA